AGUCCCACGUGGGUUUGGAAAGAGCAGAGUUUGUUUGCAGUUCACCACAGGAAGGCACAGAGAGCAGUCAUGGACAGCAAGGCUGUCAUCUCCCUCCUGAUUCUCUCCUUUAUGGGCAGCUUUCCUGAGACGGUGCUGGCGGCAGAGCUGCGGUGUCACUGCAUCCACACUGUCACAGGAGUAAUGCUGCCCAAGUACCUGGCCAGCGUAGAAAUCAUUCCCAAGGGCCCACACUGCAAUACUGUGGAAAUCGUAGCAACGCUGAAGAACAGCCAGCAGAUCUGUUUAGAUCCCCAGGCCAAAUGGGUGAAGAUGGUAAUUAACAGGAUUCUACACAGUUCAUCCAAGAAACAGCAUCAGUGAAGGAAAUGAACGCAUCUCUGCGAGCAAAAGAAACCUGCACAGAAACGCCUUUAGCCUUUAAGUGUCUCCAGCACCAGGGUAUCUGCACUUUCACUCAGGCUUUUUCUGCCCUCCCUGCUCUGCGCGCACAGGCUGUUCACCUGCAGAAGGCUCUGCUGGGCUCACGAGGCUGUCACAAUGCUGUCAGGCUCUCACUUGAAAGCAAAGUUUCAUAUGGUGCUUAAAUGCAAGGUUAUUUAAAUCAAUUCCUAAUCAGACCCCAGCCCUGCCUUGCACAGCUGGGAACACAGGCACAGGUUCAGCACCCACGGAUCACAGUUACACUGAACCAGCUCUGCGCCUCCUUCUGAAGGACUAUGAGGUGCAGUUCUGUCCAGUGAAAGAGGGCUGUAGUUUCAAAGUAAAGAAGUGUGAAACAAAGGAGAUUAAUACUAAAAGAAGAGAAAAAAAAAUAAAAAGGAAAAUAAAGAGAAAAAAGGAAUUCCUUGAACACCUUGAGGUGUUCAAGGCCAGGUUGGACGGGGCCUUGGGCAGCCUGAUCCAGUGGGAUGUGUCUCUACCCAUGGCAGGGGGGCUGGAACUGGAUGAUCUUUAAGGUCCCUUCCAACCCAAACCAUUCUAUGAUUCUAUGAUUCUUUAUCAACCAAAACCUUGUUCAGAGGCGAUAUGGUCAAUGAAGCAAAGGCUUAAGAUUUCAGUGUUUAAAUGCCACAUCAGGUAUGGCACAUUGUCUCCAAGGUACAAAAUCACGCCUCUGCUGGCCUGCGUUCUGUGAGCAGCUGCAGGAAUCUCUCCUACACACCAAAUGAGACAAAGGAAGCAAUAAAACAGAGCAGUUUCUUUCACAGAAGAUGCUGAGUUGAUCUCCCAACCCUCACGCCACUAAUCUCAUAUCCUGGGUGGAUCACAGGAAUAGCAAAGGCAGCAAGGAAAAAAAAAGAAAGUGGAAAUUCCCACCGUGGAAGGAUGAUUUAGAAACUUCUCAACAUUAUGAGGAAGGGUAGUGAUAGUUGUGAAAGAAUACACCACAACUGCGUACCAGAACCAUGGUAGAACCAGUACAUAAAUUCUACUGGAAUUAAUCAUAGCCAAGUAACUGCAGGCAACACACUGGUUCAGAAACUUCUGAUACUGAUUUUAACUGGGUGCCCCUGUUCCUGCACCCCUCAACAAUUUGAUAUGAUUUGGUAUGAUUUACGCACCAGGGCAAGUUCAGAUUACACAUCAGGAAAAAACUCUUCUCAGGCACUGGCAGAGGCAGGGGUUUGAAAGAUGAGAUGUAGUGCUCAGGGAUCUGGUUUAGUAGUGGACAGGGAUGAUCGGACUCAAUGAUCUCAAAGGCCUUUUCCAAUCAAACAAUUCUAUAUUCCAUAUUCUACAUUCUGUCUGAUUAAUACAGGCACUUACCCGUGUCAGUUUUCCAGAGGGUGAGGACUCCAUACGGGAUUGUCCGCUGCUUUGUCUCACUCCCAGGAGUCAGUACCAGGGCUUUCACCCUGGCAGCUACAUUGUACUUGCAAGAAAAGCAGGCAGGGGGUACCUAAUUAAAGGUCUGUUCCCUUAAACACUAAAAGUUCAGGUGCUAGAAGCCUCACAGGCACACUUUCCUCUGUUUUUCAGUCAGUUUUGAAGCAAAUUGGAAAGAAAUGUUUUUGUAUGCAAUAUUUUCACUGACUUUAACAAACAUUCUUCCCCAUCUUGUGUGGAAGAGAAAAAACACUUUGCUAAGGACAAAUCUUUUCAAGCAGAACACAUUGGCUGGUGCAUAUUUGCUUUGUUUUGUGUUAAA